GCCGUGUCUCAGCGCCCACUCGUUCUCUGUGCCUGUCACGUGUUGAGAAGGAUGAUGAUGAUGAUGAUGAUGAAGACCCCGCCCCCUCCUCUGCCUCCGCCCCAACCACGCAGAUCCGGGUUCCGCGUGGAGGAACUGCUGCUGCCGCGAGCGCCGCCCACGCAGCCCACGCUCACCAAGACCCACCAAUCAGCACCCGCGCUCACCAAGACCCACCACUCAGCGCCCGAGGAGCUAAAGUUCGGAGUCAGAGCCAUCCUAGCGCACACCCCCCGCACAGGUGAGUCUCCGUGCCCCCCCUCCGUGUGCACGUUCCACCCCAAAGCGUUUCCUGCUCCGUACUUCGAUGGGUCGUUUUACCCGUUUCUCCGCUCUGCGUAUUUCCCUGCCUCUUCGUCCGUGGUGCCCAUUCCCGGGACGUUCUCAUGGCCCCUGGCCUCCAGAGGGAAGCCCAGGAGAGGGAUGCUGCGGAGGGCCGUAUUCUCUGAUGUCCAGAGGAAAGCUCUGGAGAAAAUGUUCCAGAAACAGAAAUACAUCAGCAAACCGGACAGGAAGAAACUGGCCACCAAACUGGGCCUCAAAGACUCUCAGGUGAAAAUCUGGUUCCAGAACCGGAGGAUGAAGUGGAGGAACUCUAAGGAGAGAGAGCUGCUGUCCGCCGGGGGCUGCCGGGAACAGACCCUGCCCACCAAAACCAACCCGCACCCAGACCUCAGCGACGUGGGGAAAAAGUCUUCAGAGGAAGAGGAGGAUGAAGACGAGCCGGGCGCAGACUCCAGCAUCAGCUCUCUGUCCCAUUUCUGCAAACACUCAGACUUUUCGGCCUCAGAUGAUGAAAUCAUGGUCUCCUAAAUCCAGCAGACUCAGCAGAGCUAAAGACUGUAAACGUAAAGCACAGACGCUAAGCGCAGCUAACACCACCAUCACACACCCGGACACAGAGACGUGCUAGCCCCGCCUGCAGUGUAUGAGGAGCUGUGGUCCUCUGAGUGGAUCUGAGUCUUUCAGUUGUUUUAAUAAAUUCCUCUCAGGUUUGAGCCACAACCACACAACAACCUGUGAGCUGGCCAGCUAAUCUUCUGUUAGCACCCCAGCACCUCAGUUUCAGUGUGUUAUUAUAUCUAGCACUGUUUAUCCUAUACAUAUUAACAUUUAGGGAUUACCUGAAAUCUCCUUUAUUCUAAAUAAUAACAUUGAUUGUUACUGUGGUGCUAGCUGUGCAAGUUAGCAUUAGCAUUAGCUCCUCUUACAAGUUUAAAUUGCUUAGUCAGCUACAGAUGACCAAGUUAAGGCUGCUGUUGGGUGUCUCUGUAAUUACACCACUAUAAACAUUCACAUGAAUGUAUUUUCCAGCAGUUGUUUGUACUUAGGCUUUACUUAUUAGUAUAUAUUGUUCUUAUCCUGCGUUUUGCUGUGUUGCACAGCGUCUUUUGAAACUGUACAGUAUUUUGUACAAAUAUUUUUGUAUGGAUAUUUUAUACCAAGAAUAUUGAGUUACAUACACUUAUAUUUCACAUAGAUAUUUUAUUAAAAGCUGUAGACUUAUGUAUAAUUUAAACAAAUUUAUUCUUGUGUGUCUUGUAUGCAUAUUUGUAUGUUUACAAUUUUUGUUUGUAAAAAAUGCAAAUAAAAUGAGUUGUUUGAAAUUAUUGCAGUGAAUUGCAGUCACGAAUUUUCCAUAUUUGUUUAACGCUUUGAUGCGCAACAAACGCAAACCCCUCUAAUGCAUUCAUUUUCUAUGUAACUUCAUGUAUAGCUGUUUCUUAGCAAUAAAUUAAUUCAGUCAUUCAGAA